UAUUUUACGUCCCCGCAUUUCCACCACUCGCAUCGCCGCCGCCCCCGGCUAUCGCCUGCCCCGCCCAAUUAACUUGCAACUCCAGAGCGGAGAGAGACUGGUAGCCUCGCCCGCCGCGCCCGUCCCUGCGUAGCAGCACCGCGGAGCAGAGCACCCCGGCGAGCAAGCAAUGGAGGCGGGGGCCGUGGGCCUGGCGCUGCAGACGCGGGCGGUGGGGCUCGGCUCCGGCCGGCGCCGGAGCGCUCUUUAUGGCGGCGGCGAGAGCCGGUCGCGGAUCGGGAGCCUGAGGGUCGGUGACCCGGCGGUCGCCGUGCGAGCUCGCGGGUCCAAGCCUGUCGCCCCGGUCCACGCGACGAAAUCGUCCGGAGGUCAUGGAAACUUGCAUAACUCUGUUGACGAAGCCCUCUUGUUAAAGAGAAAAUCGGAAGAAGUUUUGUUCUACUUGAACGGAAGGUGUAUUUACUUAGUAGGAAUGAUGGGUUCCGGAAAAAGCACUGUGGGGAAGAUUAUGUCUGAAGUCUUGGGUUAUUCAUUCUUUGACAGUGACAAAUUGGUGGAACAGGCUGUUGGAAUGCCUUCAGUUGCCCAAAUAUUCAAGGUCCAUAGUGAAGCUUUCUUCAGGGAUAACGAGAGUAGUGUUUUGAGGGACUUGUCCUCAAUGCGGCGAUUAGUUGUUGCCACUGGAGGUGGUGCUGUUAUCCGACCAGUUAACUGGAAAUAUAUGAAGAAGGGCCUAUCUGUUUGGUUAGACGUGCCCUUGGAUGCUCUUGCUAGGCGUAUUGCUAAAGUGGGAACCGCCUCUCGUCCUCUUCUGGAUCAACCAUCUGGUGAUCCAUACACAAUGGCUUUUUCUAAGCUCAGCAUGCUCGCGGAGCAAAGGGGUGAUGCUUAUGCAAAUGCCGAUGUCAGGGUUUCUCUAGAAGAGAUUGCAUCCAAACAGGGUCAUGAUGACGUCUCUAAGUUGACACCAACUGACAUCGCUAUUGAGUCACUUACUAAGAUCGAGAGCUUUGUCAUUGAACAUAGCACUGACAGUCCAACUGGCGACUCGCAAGCUGAGUCGCAGAUCCAAAGGAUAAAGGCGAUGUAGAAUUUUGGUUCUUUUUGUCGUACCCUUAGUGUACCGCCUAGCGCUGUUGAGUUAUUUGUUCAUUGGAGUAUUAAGAGAGAGAGAGAGAGAGAGAAAACUGAAGUGUCUUUUCCUUGUAAGUUGGAAAGAAAUGGAAUAAGGGAGCUGAUCUGAAGUGUUCCGUUGGCUGAAA